CUUUUUUUUUUUUCCUUCCCUGUAUAUCUCCUCCCUCUUUAUUACCGUUGUUACCACGUCAACCUCCUCCAAACCUCCUCCUUCUUCUUCAUUCCGCCCCUCUUUCUUUCUCUCUCUCUCUCUCUCUCUCUCUGUAACUAACAAUUGACUUUUUAAUCCAUCCAUCUCCGUCACAUUCUUUCUUUCAUUCCCCCAAAUCCAAGAUCCAUUCAUUCUAAUUUACUGAAAAGUAAAAAAAAAACCCCACUCUUGAGAUCUCCCACAUUUCACUCAAACCCAUGUAAACCCACUUUUCCAAUCUUUGACUUUUUUUUUUUUUCAUAAGAAAUUUUCAAUCUUGAUUGAUGAAAGGAUCAUCCAAUCAGUGGUUUACAAGUGGGUUAGUAUUAUCAUGGUACAUAUCCAACAUUGGUGUCCUGUUACUCAACAAAUACCUGUUAUCCAAUUAUGGUUUCAAGUAUCCCAUCUUUCUCACAAUGUGUCAUAUGACUGCCUGUUCUUUACUUAGUUACAUUGCCAUUGUUUGGUUCAAGAUGGUUCCUUUACAAACUGUCAGGUCUAGGGUUCAAUUUUUCAAGAUCUCUGCUUUAAGUUUGGUGUUUUGUGCUUCUGUUGUUAGUGGGAAUGUCUCCUUGAGAUAUCUGCCGGUCUCGUUUACGCAGGCUAUUGGUGCCACUACCCCUUUCUUUACUGCAGUCUUUGCCUAUCUUAUGACUAUGAGAAAAGAGGCUUGGUUGGUCUAUGUUACUCUUGUUCCUGUUGUUACCGGCGUUGUCAUUGCUAGUGGGGGUGAACCAAGUUUUCAUUUAUUUGGUUUUAUUAUGUGCCUCGGUGCUACAGCUGCAAGAGCAUUAAAGUCGGUGCUUCAGGGGAUUUUGCUAUCCUCAGAAGGGGAAAAGCUGAAUUCUAUGAAUCUUUUGCUGUACAUGGCACCAGUAGCUGUUGUCAUCUUGCUUCCUGCAACAUUAUUAAUGGAAGAUAAUGUGGUUGGGAUAACUAUAGCUCUUGCCAGAAAAGACGUCAACAUUAUUUGGUAUCUACUCUUCAAUUCUGCUUUAGCAUAUCUAGUCAACCUGACGAAUUUCUUGGUUACCAAGCACACAAGUGCUCUAACUCUCCAGGUCCUCGGGAAUGCAAAAGGAGCCGUAGCUGUUGUGAUCUCAAUAUUGAUUUUUAAGAAUCCAGUGUCAGUAACGGGGAUGCUAGGUUACUUGCUCACGGUGUUUGGGGUGAUUCUGUAUAGUGAAGCCAAGAAGAGGACCAAAUAAACCUCCUACAUUCAGUUACCCUUUUGUAUUAUUAAUUUUCUCUCAACCAUGGUUUGGUUUCCAUAUAAUUUUGUUUCAUUAUGAAUUGAUGCACAACUCCAUUUGUUGUAUACCAUUAUGUGAUUAUGUACUUACAAUUAUACUCUUGUAUACAUAACUUUAGAAUGUCAAUAAACAUAAAUACCCCCAUUGUUUCAUGAA